AUGACUUCCUUUCAGCCAUACGUAAUUAUUUUUUCUUACCUUCCCCACUUUAUGGGGAAAAUGUAUUUAUGUACACUACCUAACUACUCCCAACUGUUCUAUUAUUAUGUACGCACAAUGUACUGCCUUAUAGUAUAUGUUACACUUUUAUUAAAACAUUAUAUAAUCUCACACCCCUCCAUUCGAUUUUCAAAAUAUUCGAAAUACAUAUCAUCUGAGUUUACCAAUUUAUACCAACGCUUCUUUACUGUAUAUUUAUUCAUUCACUAUACACUUAUCACUACAACUACAAAAUUAUUCUUAACUAACGACUUUAUCACUAUGGCUUCAUCCGCACCAACCUCACCAAUUAUUGCAAACUUAAUAUCAGUUUCAAGCAACAAAAAUAACCAACAACAAGAACAACAGCCUAAUACUACUAGUAUGAAUAGGUAUCGCCGCCAAUCCUCUACAUCUAGUACCACAGACUCUGCUCAUAUUAACCCCAACAACAAUAACAACUACACAUCAUCACCUAUAAAUGCCACAACAUCAAAUAACUCAAGCAACUCAGUAGACUCUGGCAAUUAUACCACAACAUCAGAAGAAGAAGAAGGAUCACUACUACCAGAUACUACUUCAACACAUACAACUGAUGAUGAUAAAUCAACUAAGUCCAGAAAAGUAAAGAUUGACACCAAAAACUUUGGAUCCAAAACGGCUUCAGGUCAUUCACGAAUCUUCAAUUGUAAAUUAUGUCAACGAGCUUUUACCAGAGAAGAACACUUAACUAGACAUGUACAAUCAACUCAUAAUAAAUUGAAACCAUUUGUAUGUGGUAUAUGCACAAGACCGUUUUCAAGACGAGACCUAUUACUUCGACAUGCAAAGAAUUUACACGAUGGUAGUGAAAAAGCAAUCAGUAGAAUACGGAGAUCUUAUAAGAACAAAACCCAUGAGGAGACUGCUAAAUUGAAAGGAGAGCGAGGUGGCCUCCUUGGUAAUGGACCCGGUCUUCUUGGUGGUGCAGGUAAUGGCAGUAGACUAAUUGGUGUUAGAGGACCAAGAGGUGUAUCAAUAACUGAUGACACUGGACCAUCAGAGGAAGAGGAGGAAGAGGAGGAAGAAGAAGAGAUGUAUUCAAAUAGAAGGAUAUUAUCCUCGCUGGUGAACAAUAAUAAUAAUCAUCAUCAUACAGCCGCUUCACCUACUGCUAGUGCAUUAGGAUCGCCUAUCGAUGAAUCACCCGAAACGAAACGAUUGAAAAUGUCAGUCAACAUGUUAGUUAGCUAG